CUCGUCUAACACUCUUGUUUUCUUUUUUUAUCCUCAUCCAACCUGUCAUAAUCGCAAUAAUCAUCCUAUUCAUCAGUCUUCAUCGUCAGUUUCCAUCACAUUCACCAUGUCCAUCACAUAUCGCGAGGCCUGGGGUCUCUUCCAGUUCGACCAAUCGCCCACAGCAAUGAUUCACGAUGAUUCUCCCCAUCUCAACCGCACUUCCCGCUCCUCCAGCCACAGCUUCUCUCCAAUUCCCACUCCUGCCUCCACCUGCUCCGAACAGAGCACCUCAAUCCCCAACAAAGAGCUAUUCGUAGAGCUCCGCCGGCUACGACAUGACCUCCAACAGCUACAACACGACAACGGCGUCGUCGAGGAGCCUCGAGAAGCAAUGACGCAGAUGAGCGCCCGGCUAGAUCAGAUUACGUCUGUGCUCCGGUCGAAUCCCUCAGGACGGCCAACUCUAAAAGAAAACCCUUCCCAGCCCGAGUCGUUCCGAUGCUGGGAGUCGUGCUGCAAAGGACGACUCUUCUCUAAUAAAAGUAACUUGAUUCGACACCAGCGAGAACGACGUGGCGAAACGGCCAAGCUGCGGUGUUCGUUCUGCGAUGCAGUGUUCUCUCGGAGCUCUGCCCGAAACGCCCACGAGGCAGCUCGACGCUGUCGGAACCCAUGAUUUUUCUUCCUUCC